AAUGGCGGCCGUGCUGGGGAUGACGCUUCUGUUCCGGGACUUGUUCCUCACGUCUCUACUGACCGGUGAAUGGGUCACCUCCAGACUGGACUGUGUAUCUAAAUGCUAUUGGCAGAUGAACUGUUCUUCACUGUUCUACAGCGUCCACGCCCAGAAGUGUUGGCUUGUGCCAGAUGUGUAUGGUGAUUCCCAGAUGGAUGCUGUGCCAGAUGGGAUGAUGUACUUCGCCUGGAGCCACGUGACCUGUGACAAUGGCUACACAUGGAACCGACGUCUGAACCUGUGCUACAAGCUGGACAAGACACAGGUGACUUGGAACCUCGCGGCCACCACGUGCGAGACUGACAACGGCCACCUCAUCAGAGUGGACAACGCGGACAAGAACGAGUUCCUUACCACUCUCGCAGAAACCAAGGGUAAACACAUCUGGAUGGACGGAUCUGACGAACAACAGGACGGGAUAUGGGUGUGGUCAAAUGGUUCUAAGAUCAACCAGUACUUUUGGGACAUCAACCAACCAGCAGUGGGUGAUACCAUACAAAACUGUUUAAUGAUUCGCAGCUCUGGUGAAGUGAACAGACGCUGGCAUGACGCCCGGUGCACCACGCAGUUGGCCUUUGUUUGCCAGCUGCCAAUGUCAGAAAAUGUCAGCAAUUGUUGGUAAAUAUCCCAUACGUGGAUAUCAAAAAUAUAUCUUUGUAAUACAUGUACUUGCCUGUUGGUCUGGGCCAGAAGAUCCCGUGAAUGACAUUUUUCUUUUAUAAUUUGUUUAUUUAUUCUAAGCAUUUACACGGUUUUGCAUGAAAGUGUAUUUAGGAGAAUAAAGCAUGGCAGUUUGACCA